UUCUGCUCUCCCCACUCUACACUUGCUCCUUGGCUGUCACCAGGAAGUCAUCAUGUCUUGCCGCUCCUACAGAGUCAGCUCCAGUCGCCGGGUGGGCAACUUCAGCUCUUGCUCAGCAGUGACCCCACAGAAUCACUUCGGGGCCAGCUCUGUCUCCUGCAGGAGUGGGUCUGGCUUCCGGGGCCGGGGUGGCUUUGGUAGUCGGAGUGUCAUCAACUUUGGAUCUUACUCACCCCGGACAGCAGCUGUGGGUCCUCGUCCCUUCUACUGUGGAGUUGGCUUUGGUGCUGGCAGUGGUGUGGCCUUUGGUAGUGGUGUUGGUCUGGGAUUUAGAGCCGGCAGCAAUGUUGGUCUGGGGUUUGGAGCCGGCAGUGGCCUUGGCUAUGGUUUUGGUGGGCCUGGCUUUGGCUACAGAGCUGGAGUUGGUGUUGGAGGCCCGGCAGCUCCAUCUAUCACAGCUGUGACUGUUAACCAGAGUCUGCUGACCCCUCUCAACUUGGAGAUUGACCCUAAUGCCCAGAGGGUGAAGAAGGAUGAGAAAGAGCAGAUCAAGACUCUCAACAACAAGUUUGCCUCCUUCAUUGACAAGGUGAGGUUUCUAGAGCAACAGAAUAAGUUGCUAGAGACCAAGUGGAGCUUCCUACAAGAACAGAAAUGUACCAGGAGCAACCUGGAGCCUCUCUUCGAAAACUACCUCACCAACCUGAGGAGGCAGCUGGAUGUACUGGUCAGUGACCAGGCCCGUCUGCAGGCCGAGAGGAACCACAUGCAGGAUAUCCUUGAGGGCUUCAAGAAGAAAUAUGAAGAGGAGGUGGGAUUCCGAGCCAAUGCUGAGAACGAGUUCGUGGCUCUGAAGAAGGAUGUAGAUACAGCUUUCUUGAAUAAAUCUGAUCUGGAAGCCAAUGUGGAUACCCUAACUCAGGAAAUUGACUUCCUGAAAGCACUGUACUUGGAGGAAAUCCAGUUGCUGCAGUCACACAUCUCAGAUACAUCAGUCAUUGUGAAGAUGGACAACAGCCGAGACCUGAACAUGGAUGGGAUCAUUGCUGAGGUCAAGGCACAGUAUGAGGAGGUGGCCAGGCGCAGCCGAGCUGAAGCUGAGGCCUUGUACCAGACCAAGUAUGAAGAGAUGCGGGUGACUGCUGGCCAGCACUGUGACAACUUACGUAACACACGGAAUGAAAUCAAUGAGCUGACUCGGCUGAUUCAGAGGCUGAAGGCAGAGAUUGAGCAUACCAAGACUCAGCGGGUCAAGCUAGAAGCUGCGGUGGCUGAGGCUGAGCAGCAGGGCGAGGCAGCCCUCAAAGACGCCAAGUGCAAGCUGGCAAACCUGGAGGGUGCCCUGCAGCAGGCCAAGCAGGACAUGGCGCGGCAGCUACGGGAGUACCAGGAACUCAUGAAUGCCAAGUUGGGCCUAGAUAUCGAGAUCGCCACCUACAGGCGGUUGCUGGAAGGCGAGGAGAUCCGGAUCUGCGAAGGUGUUGGACCAGUAAACAUAUCUGUGAGCAGCUCCCGGGGUGGUGUGGUGUGUGGGCCUGAGCCUUUGCUCUCCAGCUCCACCCUCUCCCGUGGCGUCACCUUCUUGGGUGGCAGUAGCAGCAUCCACACUACCGGAGGGGUCCUGACUUCCAGCAGCUCAAGCCUAGGUGGGGUCCGAGGUGGCUCUAUGAUUGUGGAUGAGGCCUGCGUCCCCAGUGUUCCCUGCCCACUGCCCACUGAGGGCAACUUUAGCAGCUGCAGUGGUGGCCGGGGCAGCCGUAGCUCCAGUGUCCGCUUCUCAUCCACCACCACCUCCUGCCGGACCAGACACUGAGAGCCAAGUCCCAGACAACCACUGCCGCCGGGAGAAGAACCUGCCAAAUGUCCCCUGAUUCUAUCCCUUGAGGUAUGCAGACUUCGGGCCUGCGAGGUCUCCAGCCAGCCCUCCUGCCAGGAUGCUCUCCAAUGCUUUCCCCCAGUACUGCCAUGCCUGGGCCAGGCCCUCUUGGAGGACUUUUCACCCUAUGGAUGCUCUAACUACAGUCAGACUGGCUUCAGCCUAAUUCCCAGUUUCCUUCACUGGGAUCACUGCUCUUAAUAAGCAGAGUCAGUGCAGCUAUAGAAAGUAACACUCUGGGGGAGAAAAGGAGCCAUUUCAAGCCAAAGCAUAUGUGCUGACACCACGGCCACCUUGGUUCUAGAGUAAUGAGGAGAAUGCACUGCAGACACAUCCUUGGCCCGUGGUCUCUGGCUCUCUUCUCUUUCCUUCCUUAGCAGGAGACAAUUCUUUCCCUCUCUUCCUGGCCGCAAAGGACCUGUAGUCCUCAGAGGCCCAGAGAUCCCGAGGUGCCCAGUGGUUCUUCUCCCAGGCGUUGCAUGUCACUGUCUUGCUUCCUGUGUUAUUGGUUUCCCUUCUCUGCAGCUCAUCCCAAGGCGGGUGGAGAGGUGGCUGCCCACCCUCCAUCCCUCUGCCCUGUUGCCACAGCAGGUUUGAGUCUGCUGUUUCCAGGGAGGCUUGGGGGGUGGCGGGGUGGGCGUGGAUGCCUGUUUGUACUGCUCUUUGUGUUCCUGGGUUUUCAAUAAACUUGCCAAGCUAACCUGCUAAAAA